AUGGCAGACUCGGAUGGGAACUUCCACAGACACGAUGCUGAAAUCGACCGAGAGCUAGCGCCAGUUCCGGUGACGGCUAGCAGAGAUAGGCUUCCAAGCUUCUUCAAACCUUUGCCUACCACCCUCCUGCCUGAAGACCUAGACUUUUUGCAACAUAAAGGCGUGUUCGACAUUCCCAGUGCCGAAUGUUGCAAUGAAGUCUCGCGCAGCUAUUUCCACUUUGUGUACCCGUUAUUGCCUCUACUCGAUAUCGACACCUUCACUGUCCCAAUCUUGGAGAAUGACGCAAAGGACAAACUCAGCCUGUUACUCUUCUACGCGGUCAUGUGCGCUGGCGCUGGGCACGUCGACAUGGCGGUUCUGAAAACGGCGGGCUUCGAUUCAAGGAAAACUGCCCGAAGUGCAUUUUUUGAACGCGCGAGAUUACUGUACGACUUCGAUUGCGAGCCGGAUAGAAUAUCGUUGAUUCAAUCGUUCUUGCUGAUGACAUACUGGUACGGUGGCCGGGAGACUCACAAAGACCGAACAUUCUGGAUCCGUAUGGCCGUAACCCUAGCCCAAGACCUUGGACUGGACAUGAAGCUUGACUGUUGUGAGACAAAGCGACAACGGAUGCUCAAGAGGUUAUGGUGGUGUUGUUUCAUGAGGGAUCAAUUCAUGGCCCUGAUGAUGUGGACUCCUCCACAGCUCGGUGCUCGUCAUCGCUAUCUCCCCAUGCUCGAACUGUCAGAUUUUGAGCUACAAGAAGGGUCUGCGGCUGCUAUAGACGGGCGCCACGGAUGGGAGUUCCUGUACAACAGCACGAGCAGGACUCAUCUGGCCAUUCUGUGCAUAGCGAAAGCCAAGCUUUGCGUGUGCAUCAACCAGAUUCUGCAGGCACGAUAUACAACCUUGCGAUAUGAGAACUGCGAUAAGAUGACAACGAUACUCGUCCCCACGCACUCUCCUUCCAGCCUUUUUGAGAUUCUUGAGCUGGAUCGCCAGCUACGAGAGUGGCAUUACGAUAUUUCUGGCAACGGUGGGUUUGACUUGUGGGACCCUGCGAAUACCGGUGCACUCGAUGCCAUAGACAUGCACCGGGCACAUCUAAAGUUACUGUUCCUUUCCGUCCUGAUAGCUCUUCAUCGACCCCAAGCUCUGGACACCACCCCCUCGUUGUCGCCAACUUAUCGGCAACUAUCCAGGGGAAAACUCCACGACGCGGCAGACGAGAUAGCACAUAUCGCUAUCUCCAUCAAGAACCUUCACUUGGGGACUCACCUAAAUCCGAAGGGAUUAAACCUCUUACUCCCCAUCAUGCUCGCCCAUCUUCAAGACGUCCAGCCGCUGGUCGAACACCGUCGCCACAGCAGACAGGAAAAAUACCAUGAUAGCAUGCAAAUGCUGGACGCCAUCGGAGACCUCGGUGAUUCCGAGGUUUUCCUGCCUUCCAAACUCGAAACUUCUUUUCUGAAGUUCAAUAUUCUUCCGUCACACGAGUACAAGAUCCCUGCUUCCGUUGACAUCCAGGGUGCCAACUACAACAGCCUCCGUAUCACCCCAGCCGGCAUCGUCUCGACUUUGUCACAGCUUGGUACGAUCACUCAGACCGAACUGGACAUGCUUGCAGGAAUGGGCGCCGACGGGAAGCACAAACCCCAUGCAACGAAUUCCGAGGAUGCUACACGAGUGUCUCCGACGUUGACAUGA